GUGAUCCCUAUCACUGGAAUAUCCAGCAGACCAUUGGCCUGACAGGAUUUUCUGCAGUUUUCCAGACAAUGAGGGAGGUCCUCACUGUCACUCAGCGUAACAUUGCCUCCACAUUUCGCGGCCAGGAUUCCAGACUAAAAUAAGAAUAAUAAACUCAGAUGAAGAGACUAGUGUUUACAAACCUACUGACAAGAAGAAUCAUGUCAACUUCAUCACUAAAACCAAUUGAGAACUCCAUAUGCAAGAAACUUACUGGUAAAUUUCAACCUCAACAUUUAGAAGUCAUAAAUGAAAGUUCAAAACAUAAUGUCCCAAAAGGUUCAGAGACUCACUUCAAGGUGGUGGUUAUCAGUGAUAAUUUUGAGGGUAUUCCACUCAUAAAGAGACACCGCUUAGUCAAUGAGGUUUUGAAAGAGGAGCUUGAAAAUGGUGUACAUGCUCUUUCCAUUGUGGCAAAAACACAGGUACAGUGGGAGGAAUCUGGUCAGCAUGUGAGCAAGUCACCUCCCUGUCGUGGGGGCACAGGCCUGUGAUUGUGAAUCAGUGGUGCUGUCUUGAAGUUUGUUAUGUUAAAGUGAAAUACAUGUACCCUGGUGUGAAUUCACAAAAAUUCCAUAAUAUCAGAAGAUUCCACUUGUCAUUGCAGUACGAUGUCAAGAUUAGAGUUUAUUGUCUGAAUAAUCAGUUUCAUGACAUGUCUUUAGGGAUGAACUGAAAAACAUGCGUACUCACAUAUGAAAUUAAGAAAGAAAACUUUUAAUGUUAUAUGUACAUGUAUUUGUGAUUUUAAAAAUAGGACAUUGUUUUAGUAUUCAGAUAUCACUUUACAGUACUCAGUACUUGUUAUAUGUAGGUUUUUACUAAUAAAACUGAAAACAGAUAUCUGUUAUUGACAUACAGAUGCAUGUACUACUUUUAUUUAUCUUCAAUAAAUAAUGUUACACGUCUCAGUUUUAAA